UGAGCCACAAGCCCAGUAAAGCUGCUCAUCUCUUCCGAGCUCCUCUGGGGGGACGCGCCCCGCGGGAUUGUCCUCCAGAAGCCCAGCCAGCCUGACAUCACAUUUCGUUUUUGUUACAUCGCUCCUUGGCACCACCUCCUUCUAAUCCUUUUCCAACUGCCCGUACUCACUCACUUUCACAAGUCAGACCCCCCCCCCCCCCCCCCCCCCCCCCCCGUACAAGAAGAGGCAGGGGCAGACGGAGGGAUUAAUUCAUUUCCAAAGAGCCGAUGUGAAACGCGGGCAGCCACAGCAACAAAGAACUCGUUAGAAGAAAAAAAUCGCAGCGGCAGCGCUUGCGUGUGUGUUUGAGUCUCUCGGGCCGAGUGACUGAGAAAAGAAACAGAGAUAGAGAGAGAGAGACAGACAGAGAAAAAAAGACGAGCGGAGAAGGAAGAAAGAAAGGAGAGAGCGACGGCUGAAUUGUUAGCGAUGCCCAACGCGAGUCCGGCUAUGCCAGGGGCAGCGGUGUUGCACCAAGCUCUGCAAAACAUGGAUUACAAGCAAGGUCUUACUGAAGGCUCAGAAUGAAGGCUUUUUGGAGGAGCAGGAAGCAGAGAUGUCGGUGCCUUUACUUAAAAUUGGGGUUGUGCUAAGCACCAUGGCAAUGAUCACCAACUGGAUGUCGCAGACCCUGCCAUCCCUAGUUGGACUCAACACCACUAGGCUAACUGCGGCGAGCGGGGGUAGCCUGGAUCGGAGUACGGGAGUGCUUCCAGCCAAUCCAGAGGAGUCAUGGCAGGUGUACAGCUCAGCCCAGGACAGCGAGGGCAGGUGUAUCUGCACAGUGGUGGCACCGCAGCAGACGAUGUGCUCUCGUGACGCCAGGACCAAACAAUUGAGGCAGCUACUGGAAAAAGUGCAAAACAUGACACAAUCAAUCGAGGUUCUGGACCGACGGACCCAGAGGGACCUCCAGUACGUCGAGAAGAUGGAGACCCAAAUGCGAGGUUUGGAAUCCAAGUUCAAGCUAGUGGAGGAGAGCCACAAGCAGCACAUGGCACGGCAAUACAAGGCAAUUAAAGCGAAAAUGGAGGAACUUAGGCCUUUGAUACCAGUGUUGGAGGAGUACAAAGCCGAUGCAAAAUUGGUAUUGCAGUUUAAAGAGGAAGUCCAGAAUCUGACGUCAGUUCUUAACGAACUUCAGGAGGAGAUUGGCGCCUAUGACUACGAGGAGCUACAGAACAGAGUGUCAAAUCUCGAAGAAAGGCUCCGUGCAUGCAUGCAAAAAUUAGCUUGUGGCAAACUAACGGGAAUAAGCGAACCAGUGGCAAUAAAAACAUCGGGAUCCCGAUUUGGGUCAUGGAUGACCGACCCUCUGGCACCAGAAGGUGAUAACAGGGUCUGGUACAUGGAUGGCUAUCACAACAAUCGCUUUGUGCGGGAGUACAAGUCCACGGUGGACUUCAUGAACUCUGAUAAUUUCACCUCCCACCGUUUGCCCCACCCUUGGUCCGGCACUGGGCAGGUGGUCUACAAUGGCUCCAUUUACUUCAACAAGUUCCAGAGCCACAUCAUCAUCAAGUUUGACUUCAAGACUGAGACCAUCAGCAAAUCCCGCAGCCUUGAGUAUGCGGGCUUCAAUAACAUGUAUCAUUACGCCUGGGGGGGACACUCGGACAUUGACCUGAUGGUCGAUGAGGGGGGCCUCUGGGCUGUCUAUGCCACCAAUCAAAAUGCUGGAAACAUUGUCAUCAGCAAACUGGACCCCAAUACACUUCAGAUCAUUCAGAGCUGGACAACAAAUCACCCAAAGCGUAGUGCUGGGGAAGCCUUCAUGAUCUGUGGGACCCUGUAUGUGACCAACGGCUACUCAGGGGGCACAAAGGUUUAUUACGCCUACCAUACUAAUACUUCCACCUACGAGUACAUUGAUAUCCCCUUUCAGAAUAAGUUUGGUCAUAUCUCAAUGUUAGACUAUAACCCCAGGGACAGGGCCCUCUACGCCUGGAACAACGGACACCAGGUCCUCUACAAUGUCACCUUGUUCCAUGUCAUCAGGUCGGAUGAGUUGUAGUCCACUGCCCAAAGACUUCUUCAUAUAAUUAUAUAGAUAUAUACAUAGCCAGAAUAUUUAUACCUACAUAUAUAGAGAGAGCAAGAGAUAGAUAGAUACAUAUAGAUAGAUGUGUGUACAUAUAUAUACAUAUACAUAUGAACAUAUAUACUAGAUCUAGUAAAUGUAUACAUGUAGUAUUUAUAUAUGUGUACACACACAUAUACACACACAGACACACACACACACAUAUAUAUAUAUAUAAACACAUAUAUAUAUGUAUACUUGCAAAAACAUUUCACCAGACGUUUAUACCAGCUGCUCAUCACGAAGAAAAAGAAAACUGAAGAUCAAUAAAAAUCAAACCUUUAUCUUACUGUUAAUUCAAGCGACAGCGCCCCCUUCUUUUGUUGUCCGCAUGUCACUUCCAGGACCACGUGAUCGGAGAGCGCUGCAGCUGGAACUGCACGGAAAGGAAAUGUGCGCGCUAGCAGUGGGCGGGGCCUUAUAGCGUUCUUUCUCUCUUGUUUUUUUAACAACCAAUGGCUCCGCCCCCCUCUCCUCCCCCACCCCCCCACGCCUCUCCCUGCACCACCAACUAAAGAAAUGAAGGCAAUGACUGUUGGAAAUUAUCACCCUGUUAAGACUUCGCUUUUUUUUUUUUUUGUUCUGUUCUCUCUGAUCAUUUCAAUUUAUUUUUUCUUUUUUGCUCCGUUCGUGUGUGCGCGUGUGUGCGCGAGCGUGUGCGCGUGUGUGUCUGUAGCUUUGAUUUAUGAUUACUCUUUUUUUUUGGUUUUGCAUGAGUAUUUUAUAAUGAUGUUUUGCUUACCUUACGCCGUGAUAAACUAAACUAAACUAAAGAAAUGAAAAAAAGGUAAUAGAGCGAACUAUUGCAACAUUUCCUUUUUCAUUUAGUCUGUUUGAUUUCCUUUUUCUUGUAUCACAUUGCUGUAAGUGUAGAUAUAAGUGUAUUUUUUGUCUUUGUUAGGUUGGCCAAAAGAAACUGUUUAGCUCACAUAUUUUCCUAUCUAUCUAACAAAAAAAAAAUAUAUAUAUAUAUAUAAGAGGAAAACAACAGAAGGAGGAAAACAACGAGCGGGACCAGCACGAAUGAGCGCGAGCACGCGGCGGCCGCUGUCCGUGCUGCCGAGUCGCGUGCACGAGCCUGCCAGCCCUUCAGUGUUUGUUAGCGGAGAUGGAAAUUUGGUCUGUUUGGCUUACAUGAAUUAUGUGUUGUACCUGCGAUGAGGUAGUUUGUAUCAAUAAACGAAGGCUUUUUGUUCUGUAA